AUGGCCAUGAGCUCGGCGGCUGUGCCGGGGCUGCCGGAUGCCGGGGACACCCUGUGCCUGGGCGGGGGCCCGGCGGCUUUGCUCUGCUCCCCCGCAGGGGCUCCCUCCCGCGACGUCCUCCUCGUCUCAGCCAUCAUCACCGUCAGCCUUAGCGUCACCAUCGUCCUCUGCGGGAUCUGCCAGUGGUGCCAGCGCAAACUGGGUAAGCGUUACAAGACUUCCCUGGAGACCGUGGGAACUCCGGACUCCAGCCGAGGCCGCAGUGAAAAGAAAACCAUCAACGAUCUAGACAGAGACUUUUGGAAUAACAAUGACAACACAGUGCAGCAGAAAUGGAGCUCCUACCCUCCCAAGGAGUUUAUACUAAACAUUUCACCUUACGCCCCGUACGGUGAUCCGCGGCUUUCCCUCAAUUUCGAGGACUCCACCUUGUCCACAGCCACUACCCUUGAGUAUAUCCCCACCUCAGCAGGCGACCCCAAAUGCCAGAGGCCCCGCACGCUCAUGCGCCAGCAAAGUCUGCAGCAGCCCCUCAGCCAGCACCAGCGUGCCAACCACAGCCAGCCCACCACCAGCCAGAGCCUGGGCCACCUCCAGGCCCACAGCGGCUCCUCCGCCGGCACCGGCAAUCCCCGGGGCUCCCGCGGCGGCCAGGCACGCCAGGGCAUCGCCGCCGGCUCCAAGCAUCGCACGGCUGGCGGCCGGAGCCGCUCCAAUCCCGGCAGCUGGGACCAUGUGGUGGGGCAAAUCCGCAACCGCGGCACGGACAUGAAGUCCUUCCUGGAAGGCCGGAUGGUGGUGUUAUCCCUGGUUUUGGGACUCUCAGAGCAAGAUGACUUUGCCAAUAUCCCCGACCUGCAACCCGCUGGGACGCAGCCGAACCAGCCGAACGCUCAGGGGGACAAGAGGUUGCCGGCUGGCAGCAAGGCGGUGAACACGGCUCCGGUACCCGGGCAGCCAUCGCACGAUGAGUCCGACCGCAAGACGGAGCCGCGCUCCUCCGUCUCUGACCUGGUCAACUCCCUGACCAGUGAGAUGCUCAUGCUCUCCCCAGGCUCCGAGGACGACGAGGGUCACGAGGGCAUCAGCCGGGAGAACCUGGGCCGCAUCCAGUUCAGCGUCGGCUACAACUUCCAGGAGUCCACCCUGACUGUCAAGAUCAUGAAGGCGCAGGAGCUGCCAGCCAAGGACUUCAGCGGCACCAGCGACCCCUUUGUCAAGAUCUACCUGCUCCCCGACAAGAAGCACAAGCUGGAGACCAAGGUGAAGCGGAAGAACCUCAACCCGCACUGGAACGAGACCUUCCUCUUUGAAGGGUUCCCCUAUGAGAAGGUGGUGCAGCGGGUGCUGUACCUCCAGGUCCUGGACUACGACCGUUUCAGCCGCAACGACCCCAUCGGGGAGGUGUCCAUCCCCCUCAACAAGGUGGACCUCACCCAGAUGCAGACCUUCUGGAAGGACCUGAAGCCAUGCAGCGACGGCAGCGGAAGCCGUGGGGAGCUGCUGCUGUCGCUGUGCUACAAUCCCUCCGCCAACUCCAUCGUGGUGAACAUCAUCAAAGCGCGUAACCUUAAAGCCAUGGACAUUGGGGGCACGUCAGACCCCUACGUGAAGGUGUGGCUGAUGUACAAGGACAAGCGGGUGGAGAAGAAGAAGACAGUGGUCAUGAAGCGGUGCCUGAACCCCGUCUUCAAUGAGUCCUUCGCCUUCGACAUCCCCACAGAGCGGCUGCGCGAGACGACCAUCGUCAUCACCGUCAUGGACAAGGACAGGCUGAGCCGCAACGACGUCAUCGGCAAGCUGCCAGGAGCAUCGCAGCGCGAGAGCAAAGCGGUGCUGCCGGCGGCAGAGCCGGAGGAGAGGACCGUGCCCUUCACGCCCCGGCCGCCCCGCCGUGGCCGGCAGCGUGCUAAUCACUUUUGA